GAACUUUUCCACCAAUGCAUUUUUUUUUUAUUUCAUCAUUUUCAGUUUGCAUUGGUAAGUCUGUGAACAAUUUUUUUUCAGAAAUGAAUCUUGUGUAGUCAAUAUAUAGGGUAUAAAAAAGGUCUUUAACUCUCUGAGAUAUUUCUACCGAAGUGAAACAACGGGGAUGAAGCCUUAUCAGCGUUGGCAAGUGUUAUUGAGUUAGCAAACUUAUUAGUUAGCUCACCGAGAUUAAACCGCUUUUACAAGAGUCACCUGGUCAUGAAGGCAUCAAAAGACAAACAAACGCGGACGUGUAAAGUAUACAGUGUCAAGUAUAGUGUCCUAUAAAUGAUGUAAUUAUAUGUCACACCAGUGUCAUCCAAAAGUACCUGUGGUUCAGAUAAAUUGACUCCAUUGAAGAACCGAGAAAGUAAGGAAUUCACACGGACUGAAGACGUUUAACGGUUCACAUCGUUUGACGAGUCUUGCGACCUGCCGUACACUUCUUUUCACCGAUUCGGUUCGUUCGGACAGUUUAUUUCAAUAAGUCAUAUGGUUUUAUUGAUUUGUUUGUUUGUAUAAUGCUAUAUAUAUAUAUCACAAUAUUUUCCAUUUCGUUUUAUAAAUUAUGCCGUUUGACUUUUCCCUGAAAGUCAAAUGAAUCACGAACGGUUUGCGACUCGGUUCGAAUGAACCGCCGAUCUAAGACGAACCAUUGAUUCGCGAAUCAGACAUCAGCAGCUCGCGCGCGCACACACCCCGGCUGCACACGUUCAUUCGCGGCAGUACGGAGAUCUUGCUCCCCACAAACAUACCCGUUUAAUUGACAAACUUUACGCAAAGAGAUUUGAACAUGAACGGAAUUACUCCCUCUAAUGUCAAAAGAAGAGGAAAGAAGGGGAACUCACGUAAACACCGGAGUGUCUUUCUUCCAGGCGAAGAUCAAUCAGACGGAGCCAUGAAGAGGUUCAGUACCUUAUUUUCGUCUUUCCGGGGAAAAAUCAGCAAAGACAGACCUGGUAAGGAACAGGAUCUACCUGCUACCACAGAGCUCUCUCCCGUGGAAGAAAAGGCGAAGGAGCAGCGAUACGCUAGCGGGCAGUUUUUCUUUGAAUAUCUAGUGGUGGUUCGACCUAAAAAGACCAAAGAUGGGAUAUACGAGCCACAGAUCAUCUAUCAGUUCCCUAAGAAGGAUGGAAUGGUGCGAUUUCAGAAGGAGGAGGAAGAGAAGACAUUAAAGGCGCUCACACUCUUUUGCUUUCCAGAGGGUGUAAACUGGGCGCCCUUAACAGAAUAUCCCAGUGAAACGUUCUCUUUCGUGCUUACAGAUGUUGAUGGGACGAGGAAGAAUGGAUACUGUAGGAGGCUACUGCCCGAUGGAAAGGGGGCUCGUCUGCCUGAGGCCUACUGUAUCAUCAGUAAUGUGGCCUGUUUUGGACUCUUUUCCAAGAUCUUUGAUGAAGUGGAACAGCGGAGAAAAAUCUCAAUGGCAAUGAUUUACCCAUUUAUGCAGAGCCUGAGGGAAUCAGCAUUCCCUGCCCCUGGACACACUGUUAAUAUCAAAAGUUUUAUUCCAGAAAGAGGCACAGAGAUCAUCAGUUUGACUCGUCCGACAGACUCCUGGCUGGAGCAUGUAGAUUUCCGCACAUUGUUCAAAUGCCUGUCAGAUGAGGAGGUGCUCCAGGUGUUUGCUGCUACUGUGCUAGAGCGGAGGAUCAUCUUCAUCGCCGAUGAGCUCGGGACGCUGUCUCAGGUGAUUCACGCGGUGGCUGUUCUCCUGUAUCCAUUCAUCUGGCAGCACACGCUCAUUUCCAUCGUUCCCGAGAUCCUCAUCGACGUCGUCAUGGCACCCACGCCGUACCUGCUGGGCGUCCAGAAAAGUCUCGCAGAUCAGGCCACUGAUCAGACCGAGCUGCUUGUUGUUGACUUGUCAGAGGGCAGGAAGGAGACAUUUAUCAAGAGCAUGGGAGAUGAGGACACAAUAUUACCUCACAAACUCAAAGACGAAAUCAAGCAGGCCCUCAGUGCCAAAAAUGAGAAUUCAAGUCUUGAGGAGUUGAACCGGGUGGUCCCAGAAGCUUUCCUACCCUUCUUUAUCAAGACCGUCGGUCACUUCUCUAAGUACAUCGUGAGGAAUGGCAAAGACCAGCGGGGAGAAUUCCAGCGAACAAAUUUCUGUAAAGCAAUAGAAUCUAAGAGCACACGGCGGUUUGUGAAGAAAUUUGCACAGACGCAGAUGUUCGAUCUUUUCAUUCAGGAAAUGGAACAGAGACCUGCCUCUCAGGACGGCACAGGGUUUUUUGACAAAAAGAUUGCUGAAUACCACAAAAAGAUGAGGGAGAAAUCCAAGAAACACUAGUGGAAGCACUCACCAAAGUAGCUGGUUGUAAAUCUCGUGUGAAAUAAAUCAGUCAGUAGUAAAUAAUUUUAAGGAAUGUAGAUAGAAUUCAGAUUAUUUUUUAUUUAUGUUGUGAUGUGUUAGUUGUCAUACUUUCACUGCUGUUUGUAAUUUGUGUCAGGGUCAUUUUGGGGGAUUAUGGGUAACCGUAUUGCGAUAAGCUGCUGUAUUUAACGCAUGUACGGCUUGUUUCAACUUUUGAAACGUUUUGACCAGAAGGUUCAAUGACAAAGAAACAGAGCCAGUGGAAACAUGCUGAAUUCAAAAACAGAUUAAGCAAAUGGAAAAAAAUAAUAAUUUAAUCUCCAUAUUUCAAGGAUAAUUGUAAAAGCACUGAGAUGUGUGAAAGUAUUUAACGUUUCUUUUUCGAAUUAAAAGGAAAAACUCUUA